AUGGCAUCCACCGUUCCUGCCCCGAAACAGUUCCUGUGGUGCGAUGAGCACGCCGAGAUCGCCACCUGGUUGGCCAACCACAAGUUUGGCAUGGAGUUUUAUGGCGCGUUUGUCAACUACUGCGCGCGUGCGAUGGACAAGUGGCAGCGUCCAGGCGCCGUUCCACUGAAGAGGCAUCUGGGUCAUCUUCACAAAACGCGUUUGACAAAGCCCUUGAGCGGCGCCGCUGUCCUCGGCGAAAUGAAGGUUUUUUACGAGCGCUUCUCCAAGACUGGCGACUUCAGCACAGGAGCUUUCCCGCUCAUUGAACUUCUAGACGGCCCGGAGCGCAUCAAGAGCGCCCACCACCACCUCUACAAAAAGGUGUUCAACCGCCGUGUCCUCACUGCACGCUCCGCCCCCGCCUCCACCACUCUGCCUGCCAUCAAUGGCGACACCCUCGCUGUCGUCAGUGGUGCCUCAGCUGCCUUCAUCCAGCAGCCCGGCCUCCAAGGCCAACACCUUCUCCUGGACGGCCCCUCCCCAACACCCUGCCGAUCCGCGAGCAGGCUCUCGCUAUCGCCUCGCUGGAGGUCUCGUUGCCUGGUCUGCCUGCUCCUGCCUCCGCUGCCCCUGAGCAGAAGGCUCGUGAGCAUGGCUCUCUCUUGCUUCUGGGUGGUCAGGAGGAGGAAGAUUCUGCUGAGAUGCAGGAUGAGGAGGAGGAUGAAGAUGAUGGUGUGGUGUUGUGAGGCAGAUAUGAAAGGGGAGGAUGGAUGGGGACCUGAUUCUCGUUUUGUGUAUACCGGACAAUGA